AUGCUGAAAGUACUUACAGCACGAAUGCACCCACCCAAACCCUCCUUCCAACGGCUGGACGGUCUAACGGUCCUCCUGGUAGGGGCAUCAGCUGGAAUCGGACUGGAAGCAGCCAAGCAACUUGCAACCAAAGGCGUUGAAACACUAGUUGUAACUGCCCGAGAUGAUCUGAAGGCCCAGAAGACGAAAGAAGCUAUCCAGCAUCACCUGGCAUCCCUUUCGCAACCGCCAACUGUCGCCCCCAACGUCAUCCCUCUUGUCGUCGAUAUGACAUGCCCGAAGUCGAUGUACGAGUUCGUCGCGUCGCUCGAGAAGUCUGUCAACCACCUUGACCACGCUAUUCUCAGCGCAGGCAUACUGCUCGGUAGCUACGAGGCCGCACCCACAGGAUACGAAACUAGCCUGCAGGUUAACGCAAUAUCGCCAACGCUUCUUUCACUUCUCUUAAUGCCCUUGCUACUCGCUUCUCCCCUUGUUGAGAAGUCUUCGGUAUCCGAACGACCUCAUCUCACCAUCGUCAGUUCAGGAGCAGCGUGGCUCACCAGGCGAUCCGACAUCAAACCCUUCUUCGCCUCGAAGAAGCCGCUGACAGAGCUCUCUAAACGAGAAAACUUUCCGCCUGGAAUGAUGGGAGGGCAAUAUCAGUACUCCCGGUCGAAGCUCAUGACCGAAUACGUAAAGCGCUAUCUGGCAAGGCUCUCCUCCAUUACUGAUGGCAAGGGGAAGUCGAAGGUUCUGGUGGUUUCCGUUUGCCCGGGAGCAGUUAACAGCAGCCUGUCACGGCACUCUGCAGGGAGUGGGCUCUUGGGUGUCAUGGCCAAGAUGGUCAACAACACUGUUGCACGCACCGUAGAACAGGGCGCGAAUAUUUACAUGACGAGCCUGGAGCUUGGCCAAGAGGCGAGAGGGGAGAUGUGGACGGAUGAUCAUAUAUCCCAAGAUCAUAAAGAAUACGUGCUUAGUGUAGAUGGAGCAAAGUUUAGCGACAAUGUAUGGAAGGAAACAAAGGAAUUUGCUCUGCGCAUGGACAAGGAUCAUGGCAGUGGUGUAAUCGGGCGAAUCUUGAAUGAAUCCUUAUGA